UACCCAACACACAUGUGUUAUGUUGUGUAGUCUACCAGAAGUUCCAGGGAGACCAACUUCGAUUGUAAAGAAGAAACAAAUAUCCCCACAAGAAAUAACAGCUAAAUGAUAUUAUUAUAUAUAUCAUUAAUAAGUUGAAAUUAUGGAGACAGUUGAAGAAAAGCGAGGAAGAAUACGUAUAGAGGAAAAAUUGAAGAGAUAUGAAAAAAUAGACUUUUUGGGAGAAGGGCAGUUUGCAACAGUAUACAAAGCCUUGGAUGUGGAAACAAAGCAAAUUGUUGCUGUGAAAAAGAUCAAACUUGGAAGUAGAGAAGAAGCAAGAGAUGGCAUCAACCGCACAGCACUGCGAGAAAUCAAACUUCUACAGGAAGUUCACCAUCCCAACCUCAUUGGUCUUCUGGAUGUAUUUGGCUACAAAUCCAAUGUCUCACUUGUGUUUGAUUUUAUGGAUACUGAUCUGGAAGUUAUAAUCAAAGAUACAGAUAACAUCAUUUUAACACCAGCCAAUAUAAAAGCAUACAUCAUGCAAACAUUGCAGGGACUCGAAUUUCUCCAUCUACACUGGAUUUUACAUAGGGAUCUAAAACCUAAUAAUCUUCUAGUAAAUUCUGCAGGAGUAUUAAAGAUUGGAGAUUUUGGAUUAGCACGAUUUUUUGGCUCCCCAAAUAGACAAUAUUCACAUCAAGUAGUCACUAGAUGGUAUAGGAGUCCUGAACUAUUGUUUGGGGCACGCUCAUAUGGAACUGGGGUUGACAUGUGGGCUGUGGGGUGCAUCCUGGCAGAAAUGCUAGUACGGUGCCCUUAUUUUCCUGGAGAUUCUGACCUGGACCAGCUCACUAGAAUAUUCACUGCCCUCGGCACACCCACAGAAGAGACAUGGAAGGAUGUAACGAAACUUUCAGACUAUUUAUCGUUCAAGCAUUUUGAUGGGUCUCCACUUCGUGAUCUCUUCCUUGCUGCUAGUGAUGAUUUGCUGCAGCUUCUUGGGGGUCUGUUAAUGAUUAACCCCUCCAAGAGAUACAGCUGUACUCAAGCUCUCAAAAUGCCCUAUUUCAGUAACCGACCAGCACCAACGCCUGGGCCAUUAUUACCACUUCCUCCUUCAAUAAGGAGUAAAAAGGAAACUGAGAAGCCAACAUUAAAACGCAAGAUCAUAGAGGAAUCAGGAUUUGGAACAUCAUUAGCCAAGAAGCUGCAGUUCUAGCUAAAGUGAGACUGUUGUGAGUAGAUGUGAGAGAGGCAUCAUCUAAGUGAUACUCAACCACUGUACUACUCUUCAAUAAAAGAUAUAAUCAGU